AUGGACAAAGCCCUUCAAAGUACCGUCGCGGCUGCAAAAGAAUUCUUUAAAUUGGAGAUACUGUUGAUCCAGACUGCGGAUGAAACUGCUGACUGCCUUAAGAUAUUAAAGAGUAAUCUUGGCGAAUACGAUAAGCGUCAUGGACUGCUUUUCCUCAACACUUCAAAGUCGUUCGUAAGACGCGACAUUCGCUUUGCAAAGGACACGGCAUCCGAGCUAAAACAUAUCGCUGAACAGAUUGCAAAGAGUAAACAUCCAUCGAAGGGGAUGAUCGCUGUAGCCCGUAGGACAGUUAACGAGAUUUUUGACGCGUUGUGCGAACUUAGAACAACAGCUCGUUUGUACGACAGGAAGAAUUUAAACAGUGGCUAUGGACACGGGCAUGAGAGUGCCGAGUUUGAAGACAAUUGGUUGGGCACAGAAAAAAAGAGCAGUAAGAUCAAGGGCAGUGGUAGUCGUGAAACUCGUAAAGCUAUUGCCGAUACGGUCGAAGCAGUAGUGAAGUUCACUGUUCACACCCAUUUCAGCGGGUUUUCUACUUCAAAGCAUCAGCUUAUGAAUGCGGAAGAAUCAUUGUCAGCCGAUCGUAUCAUGGACACAAUGGCUUCGAUAUGGGAAAAUUGCAGAGAAAUUACCAAUUUUGAAUCGGAGAAAAGGAGAAGAAGUGCAUGA